AUGGCCCGGUCACAGUUGAGUCAACGUGUCUUUCUUCUCCUCGUCUUCACAUUCGUCGUUCUUCCAUCGACCACGCGCUCAGGUCCGUCGUCCGUCGUCGCAGUCCUCCCCCCCCCCCCUCAGCACCGCCAGGCUCCAUUGGCGGAGUGGCAGCAGCGGCUGCUGACAUGGCAUGCAGGGCAGGCGGGCAGCGGGAGAGACGCACUGGGGGAGCCGCGGGUGGGAGGCGAGGAGGAGUGCCAUGGGGAGGAGGGGAGUGAGAGUGAUGCAAGUGGCGGAGAUGGCAGCCGUGUGGGGGAUGUGGUGGAGCAAGCAGGUGCAGUGGGGGGGAACGGGAGGGAAAGCAAGGCGGAGGGGAGCGGGCGGUCGGGUGGGGCGGACAAGGGGGACUCUUUGCUCGCUGACUUCCUCCCUGUUCUCGACCCGCUUCGCCUGCCAUCUCUCUUCCAAUCAGCUGCUGCCACCUCAGCCUCUUCGGAGACCUCCGCUCCACCGGGCUUGCAUGCCACGUCAGCAGCAGGGCAGGAGGACGUGGUGAGAGCUGGAGGGUUCCAGUUUUCAGCGCGCACAACUGAUGCGGACGCAGGCAGGGCAGGGGGAGGCGCAGAGGAGGGCAGAGCGGGGGAGAGCAGAGCUGGCGAGCAGCAAGGGGCGGGCCGGGGGAGACAGCUGAAGCAGCAUCGCAGCGAGCAGGUGGCGCAGGGCGGAGGGCGAGACAAGAGAGGCAAGGCAGCAGAGGGAGGGGGAGUUGGAGGUGGAGGGGGAGGGAGUGAGGCAGCACAGGGGGGCCCGAUCACGGAGGGCGGGAUGAGUCUGACAGAGCUGUCGUCCGCAGUGCUGUCGGGGUCGCUGCUGUCUGAAGCCCCUCUCGGCUCCCCCGUGCUCCUCCGCGUUGCCUUCUCCUCCGGCCCCAAGGCAGGCCUCCACGCCGUGCAGCAGCCACCGCAGCAGCAGCAGCAGCUUCAGAAGGGGGAGGCGGGAGCAGCAUCAGCAGCACCUGGGGGUGUGUCGUCGCCCUUCUUCCGCCUGUCAUCACAGGUGGACCUGUCACAGUCACGCGUGCAGCUGUUCGGUCCCAUGCCGCACUCGCGCCGCCGCACCUUCCCCCUUGCCGUCGCCCACGCCACUGAUGCUGCGGGCGGGGAGGUUCUCACUGUCAACUUCACAGUCAAGCUGCCCGGAGCGUACAGUGUGAUGGUGGUGGUGGCGGACACACAGGGCAACCGCCUCAAGUUCAAGGCGCCCAACUUCUUCCGCUCCGCCAUCCCCCUCCCCGCCGCCCUCCUCCCCGCCGCCUCCACGCCGCUCUCCCCCAUCAUGGCGGCCGCACCUGCAGCGGUGGCGGGGCAGCAGGCGCAGAUGGCGUUUGCUCUCGUCAGCUCGGACGGCACGCAGAUCCCUGCCACCGACGCUGAUGUGAUUGUUGCCAGUGUGACAAAAGUGAAUGCUGGUGUUGGUACCAGCAGCAGCAACAGCAGCAGCAGCGGUGACAGCGGCGGUGGUGGGGAGGGCAGUGAGUGGGGGGAGGGGCCAUCGGGGGUGGGAGUGGAGGUGGAUGGGGCCUCAGGGCUCAUCGUCCUGCGCUUCACCCCACCCUCUCACGGCGACAACUCCCCCACCCUCUCCCUCAUCCGCGCCCAGCAGACCAUCAAUCUCCAAAGCCCUUCACCCUCACCCACCUCCUCUUCCGCUUCCUCUGCUGCCUCGUCCGCGCCCUCCUCUCCCUCCUCCUCCUCCUCCUCCUCCUCCUCCUCCUCCUCCUCCUCCUCCUCCUCCUCCUCCUCCUCCUCCUCCUCCUCCUCCUCCUCCUCCUCCUCCUCCUCCGUGCUCCUACAAGUAGCACCAGGCGAGCCCAGUGGGGACGCCUCAGGGCCGCUGCUGGUGGCGGCGCAGGAGGUGGCGGUGGGGCAGACGGGGCGCCUCACAGUGUACGUGUGCGACGCCAUGGGCUCCGACCUGCCCGCCGAGCCCCUCCUCUCGCUCUUCUCCGCGUCCUUCUCAGUCGCCUCUAACUUCUCCCAGCAGCAGCUCACCUACCCCGCUACCCUCACCCUCUCUGCCGGUGCUCUCUCUCUCGGGGCGCAUGGAGCAGUGCCUAAGUUCCCAGCGUUUCUGCAGCUGCAGCUGUGGGAUGCGUGGGGCAACGUGCUGCUGGCAGGGGGCGCAGGGCAGGACGUGCAGGUGGGGGUGGUGCCCGCAGCACAAGGGGCGGCAGCAGCAGCGGCGCUGGUGGGUGCAGGGGGGAAUGGAGCGGUGCAGAGGGGUAUGCCAGCGGUGGCGGAGGGUACGGCGGUGAGUGUGGUGGACAGCGGCAACGGUUGCUACUCUAUCUCCUACCGGGUCACCAAGCCCGGUGCCUACGCUAUCCUUGUGACUGUAGGCGAUGUGCUCUUGCAGAACGUGACUGUAGCGGCGACCCCAGCAGUGGACGUCAAUGCAGGUAGCGCUGCCGCCCAGCCCACGUGUGUGGUAACCGCAUCGCCCGCCUCCGGCCCCAUGAAGCAGCUGCUCGCAUUCGCACCACCUCUCGUCCAAGCAGGCGCCGCCAUGUGGCUGCGCAUCGUCGCAGUAGAUUCACCAGGAAUGGCAGCUGUAUCAGACCCUGCUAUGCUCUCCGCCAAUCUCUCCCUCACUCUACUCUCCACACAGGGGCAAGUGGCUGACAUCACUGCCACGCCCGUCGUUCCCUCCUUUGGAGGGAAACUCAUCCCUGCGCUGUGGCAAGCGCAGGUGACUGUUCAGGUGGCCGGCAGCUUUGUCCUGAUCUGCACGGAGUGCCUGGGGCGGGCGAGCAGCAUGGUGGUGAAGUCAGGCCUGCCGCUGCAGCUACUGCAGGGGGAUGCAGUGGGGGGGGACAAUGCCUACACGUUCUCCGUGUACGCGAGUGGUUCUAUUGAGUAUUGGACGGGGUACUACUCAAGCCGGCCAGCCUUCAAGGGCUAUGCUCGCAUGUGUAGUAGCCUGCUGCAGGCAGCCAUGCUCCUAGAAGCAUCAGUGGGCAGGUCCAUUUUACAAGGGUGGGGUAACCAAACCUCCCGCCUCAUGGUGCCCGUGCAGCUCUCCACCAACCUCUCUGCCAUCCACGCCCCCUCGCCCCCGCUGUCCCGUCUCGCCUCGACGUUCCCUCUGGAGGAGGCAGUGGCAGUGGCACAGCACCACAAUGCCAUCACGGGCAUGGCAAAGCAGCACGUGAAUGAUGAUUACACGCUGCAAUUGUACAGAGGAGCACAAGAGGUGAGCGGAAGGAACAAGUGGAAGUAG